AAGCUCAAAAUCUUUCAAAGGGUCAUGAUGUCGAGGUCGCCAAUGCUCGAGAAUGGUGUAAAGAAGGGGCCAUGGACGCCAGAAGAAGAUCAAAAACUAGUGGAUUAUAUUGAGAAAUAUGGACACGGGAGCUGGAGAUCUCUUCCAAACCUUGCUGGUUUGAACAGGUGUGGUAAGAGUUGUAGAUUAAGGUGGACAAACUAUCUUAGACCUGAUAUCAUUAGAGGAAACUUCUCUGAUCAAGAAGAACAAAUCAUCAUCAAUCUUCAUGGAGCUCUCGGAAACAAAUGGUCGAUAAUAGCAAGACAUCUCCCGGGACGAACGGAUAACGAAAUUAAGAACUUUUGGAACACCAACUUGAAGAAGAAACUUCUACAGAUGGGCAUUGAUCCUAUCACCCACAUGCCAAGAAAUGACCCUUAUCUCAACAAUCUCUCAAAUCUUCAUCACUUGCUUUCUUUUUCCACAGCUCCUUGGGACAAUCCAUUAGGGCUACACUCACAAAUCACUCAACUAGCAAGGGCUCAGCUCCUCCAAAAUCUAUGGCAACUUCCAAGCACCUCUUCUCCUUCCCUUUACAAUAGCCUCUUCAAUGCACAACAAAUCUCUUAUUUACAAACCUCACCGAUAAGCGUUGAGCCCUCUGAGAAGCCGCUAUCGUGCGAAGACUACGACGGGGCGAUGGAUGACACGUUAGGGUUCCGAAACGAUAGCAAUCAAUCAGAGACUCCUUAUGACAUGAGUCAAAGUUCAAGUUCACUUCCGAACUUGAUUCCAACUUCUCUUGAAUGCUUGAAAAUACCGAGCGUUGUAGAAGAUAAAUGGGAAGAUCUUAUAAACGAUGAAGAGUCAGAAUCUUACUGAAACAUGUGGUCAAG